AUGGACCAUCCUUCUCUCUCUGAGAGCUUGGAACCACUGGCAAGCCAGGUCUCAGCCUCCCCAGAUCCCAGCUCUCCCAGAGAAGAGGAGGAGACCCCUCUGCUCUCCAGGGCUCACCUCCAGGCAGGGCCACGUCGACACAGAUGUCGGGCGCUCCCUGAAUCAGAUGCUCCCUUGCUGCUGGAGCUGCAGAAAUUGCCGGGAUUGGCCAAUACAGAUUUGAGUGCCCUGAACCCCAGCAUCCAGGUGACCAUCGAGGUGGUGGUGGAUCCCCAGGAUGAGCUGGAGAUGGACCUGAUGGCUGAGCCCAGCAAUCGCUGCUCUGAAGGCGCCCCCCGCUGGCAACCUGCUGAGGAACUCUUCUGGCCUCUAUCCUGGGGCUACUUAGAGGGUGAGGAAGAGAGGCCCCAUCUCAAGGGCAGAACCUCAGGGGAAGAGCAGGAGGAGGAAGAGGAGGACGACCCCCCAGAGUACAGUGAGGGUGAGGACCCGGAGGAGGACCGUGAGGAACAUGGUGGAGAUGACCAGGAGCCGGGCUUCAGUGGGGCCACAGGAGGCUGGGAGGAGGGCCACUGUCCCCCAGAGAUCUUUGAGGAUAUCGUCAACUAUGACUAUGAGCUUCAGGAGGAGUGGAGCCCCUGGUCUCCCUGCAGUGGGAGCUGUGGCGGCGGUCAGCGGAGGACUCAGCCCUGCGGAGGAUUCAGCCCUGCAUACGCCUGCACUGCCUCCAAGUCCCGCGCCUGCGACCUGCCCUGUCCUGGCGACAAGGACAAGGAUCCCUUGGGCUUCCCCAGUGAGAGGUGGCAGCCCCUGGCCCACGAUGCUAUGGACAUGCUCAGCCCAGAUGUGGACAGCUGUGAGAAGUGGCUGAACGGCAAAAGUGACUUCCUGGCCAAAUACCUGAGCCAGGUGCUGCGGGCCCUGCCCAGCUGCCCAUGCGCGUACGCGUUGGAGGCCGUGUCCAGCGCCGUGAGCCUGCGGGACGAGCAUCAGGGACGCAGCUUCCGCUGGAAGGAUGCCAGCGGCCCGCGCGAGCGCCUGGACGUGUACGGGUCCACAGCCCGCUUCUGCCUGCGCUCUCUCAGCACGCCGGCAGCCCAGCACUGCUGCUGCGACGUGAGCAGCCAGCUGCUGACCCGGGGCAAGGGUGCCGGUGCGCCCGACCUGGUCAGCACCGACGUCUCACCUGAGCUUCCCUUCAAGGUGGACACGCUGCCCCGGAUCUCAUGUAAGGCGGACUGCAGCCGCUACCGUGCGGUGCGGCCCACCAACAAUGGCCAGGCCUGCGCGGACAACCCUCCUGAGGAGGAGUACCUGGCCCAGUUGCAGGAAGCCAAGGAGUACUAA